AUUAGUCUCUUUGACAGUUAUUUGUUUUGACAUCUCGCAAUGAAAUAUCAUACUUUUAUUGGCUUUAGGAUGCUGGCUUGGGGAUUAAUUCGGUAAUUAUCUGAAGUGAAAAAGAGAAAGCCUAGAAUAAGCCGUGUGAAUCUUUCAACUUGAAACCACCAAUUCUACUCAAAGAGGGAUAUUAAAGCACUGCAUUACAGCUGACCACCAUAAAACCAAAGAAUUCAGUGCUUUUAAACAUGCCCGAAGAGAAGAAAGUGUCCAAAGGGAGCAGAGAAAAAAAUUACACCGAUUUUGAAUGCCUUGAACUGAUUCGAGCCAUAAAAAAGUACGCACACAUCAUUGAAUGCAGGAAUCUCGGCACGUAUCGAUACAAAAAUGAAGACCGAAACGCUGCAUGGGAAGCCGUGUGCCAGCAGUUUAACACUAAAACAUCACAAAAUAGGACAGUAUCUGGCUUAAAAAUGAAGUGGAAAAAUGACAAAUCAAAUAUUCGCGAUUAUAUACAAUAUUUGAAAACAUCACAAUCAAGAAGUGGUCGUGCACCUGAAGAAAUUCCAAAGCCAAAAUUCAUGAAUCUCAUCGCUGAGAUUAUGGGCGUUGAUUUCCCGGCAUUGGGACCAAUCCCAGAUGUUGAUGAACUUAUCAUGGAUACAUCAGUCCCAGUUGCUACAAAUCCAGUCAAACAAGAGCCACCGGUCGAAAAUUCAGAUUUAUCAUUCGAAGAGAUUAUGGUUAAUGAAAAUAACGACCAAUUCAAUUACGCUGCCGAUGAUACAUCGUCGAUGGACUCGUUUCAUCAAAGCACAUCACAGAAUCAGUCCUUCCAUCAUCCGAAAUCACCUUCAGCUCACCCACCGCCAGCUAAACGUAUGAGACUAGCAGAUCAAGCAUCAUUACAAUUUAAUGGCAUUCCAGCAACUAUAAAUAACAGUUCCGAGAUUCAAGAACUUCAAAUUCAACUGCUUAAGCGACAGAUCGAAGUUCAAGAGCUAAUGGCCGUCGAACUCAAAGCCAAAAUCGAAAGAACACAACAGCUCAUGCGAAUGGAUGCGGUUGAAAGUGAACUUCGGUGUAAAGAAAUUACGAAGAGAUUGGAAUCUUAGGAGUUUAGAAUUGUAGAUAUAGAAUAAUUUCGCUUUUUAUUGGAAAAUUUCUAGUAUUUGUGCAUUCGUGUUCUACUUACAUAGUUCGCACUUUUUAAUAUUAGGUUUUUAAUUGUAAAAUUAUCUUUGCCCUAAAGAAAAUAAAAUGAAACACAUUUUCCAGAACAUUUUCUGUUUGAUGGUU